UAAAAACAAACACAAAUCUUACCGGCCAUGGUAUCUAGGGAAUUUCUCACGUAGCACUAACAAAAUUUAAAUUUACCAAGCGAUGACUUUUAACCCUGAUUUUGUUAAUAUUAUAAUAACUGUUGAUUAGAUAUUCUUUUAUUCCGUCACAAAUAUGUAGUAGGUACGAAUUUGCAUAAGUACACUUUAUUUCACUCUACACAGUCAUAAGCUGGAACUAAAUUUAAUAACGUUUAGAAUUGAAUUUCUUUUAUCUUUUAUUUCAAGGUUUUAAUGAGGUAAACACUUUAACACUAUAAAUAAUCAAAUUAUGGUUUAUUGAAAUUGAAUACCAAUAAAUUUACAGUCACAAAUAAAUUCCCCUUUUCCCUGUCAAUUUGUUGUUCUAUGAUUCCCCCUCCACCAGUUUUCGAAAUGUCACGUUGAUGUAUGUCAUACUCCUAGGUUUUCUUCUUUUAUAAUAGAGUAGACUUGUACUUUGUAGAAUUUCUCACGUUUCAGAAAUUUUCUUCAAUUUAUUUUUGAAUUUGAUUUCACCUAAAUCAUACUCUUUAUUAAAAUAAACAACGAAUGUCUAUAAUUCAGAAUAAAAUCAAUUUAUUAAAUUCCUUAUCUAGAUUUAAUAGAAAUUGUCCUAAGGGCCCAGACUAUAUUAACUUGACCUACUAACAAAUCCGUUCACUUUGGCCAUCGUGUUAUCCGGCAAUAAGCAAAUUUAGUUCACGGAUCAACCAAGUUGUCCAGUAGAAAAGCUGACCGAAUUUACUAUUGCAACUAUUUCAAAUAUUCCUCUGGGCAGUUUAUUUAGGAUAGGAACUAAACCGUCAAAUACGGUUCACGCGUUUUAAAAUGGAAUUUGUGAAUCGAUUAGAUGUUGCACAGUAAUCUAACCUUGAGUAAUUCAAUGUGACUUUCUAGAAGUAUGGAAUACGAUAAAGAGGCGAUGAGGGGAUUGAUAAAAACGUUACUCAAAAUCAAAAAUUAGUUAAUCGCCGGCUGUGCAAAGAGCCGCAACUCCAUCUCUCGUAACCAAUUGUAACCUUCAAAUCGAAAUCAACAAGUAGUCAUGGCUGGCAAAGGAGACAUUGGACUUAUCGGUUUAGCCGUAAUGGGGCAAAACCUCAUUUUAAACAUGGCUGACCACGGUUUCACGGUAGUAGCAUUCAAUCGAUCCAUAGAAAAGGUUCACCACUUCUUGGCGAACGAAGCUAAAGGAAAAAGCAUUGUUGGUGCAGAAUCAAUUGCUGACUUAGCUUCAAAAUUGAAACUUCCCAGAAGAGUUAUGUUGCUCGUUAAAGCUGGAGAUGCUGUAGAUAAUUUCAUUAACCAAUUAGUCCCUCAUCUUCAAAAGGGCGAUAUUAUUAUCGAUGGUGGCAAUUCUGAAUAUCAAGACAGUGAGAGGAGGUCCAAGGAAUUGGCAGAGAAAGGAAUUCGUUUUGUGGGAUCUGGUGUGUCAGGUGGAGAAGAAGGUGCCCGUUACGGACCAAGUUUGAUGCCCGGCGGCAACAAAGAAGCAUGGCCGUACAUCAAAGACAUCUUCCAAGGCAUUUCAGCCAAAGCCGACGGGCAACCGUGCUGCGAUUGGGUGGGCAAUGACGGAGCUGGUCAUUUCGUUAAAAUGGUUCACAACGGCAUCGAAUAUGGUGAUAUGCAACUUAUUGGUGAAGUUUAUCAUUUGAUGACCGCUCUUGGCAUCAACCAACAACAAAUGGCUAACACUUUUGAGAAAUGGAACAAGGGGAUUUUGGAUAGUUUUUUGAUCGAGAUCACCAAGGACAUUUUACAAUAUAAAGAUAAAGAUGGCCAAUACCUUCUUCCCAAAAUCAGAGACACAGCUGGACAAAAGGGAACUGGUAAAUGGACCGCCAUUUCAGCGCUUAACUACGGUGUACCAGUCACUCUAAUCGGAGAAGCAGUUUUCAGCCGUUGUUUGUCUGCUCUUAAGAGCGAAAGGCAGCACGCAAGCACCAAGCUACCAGGUCCCACUGCAAAGUUCACAGGAGACGUCAGUAAAUUCUUAGAUGAUCUUGAACAAGCUUUGUACGCUGCCAAGAUUGUAUCUUAUGCUCAGGGUUUCAUGUUGCUAAGAGAGGCUGCGAAGGUCCACAAUUGGACUCUUGAUUAUGGAGCGAUCGCUUUGAUGUGGAGAGGAGGUUGCAUUAUCAGAUCAGUAUUCCUUGGAAAAAUCAAAGAGGCCUUUGAUAAAGAUAUCAACCUGAAAUCAUUGUUGCUGGAUCCGUUCUUCGUAAAUGCCAUAACUAAAGCACAAUCCGGAUGGAGGAAUGUCGUCGCAACGGCUGUCAACCUAGGUAUUCCAACUCCAGCUUUAGGCACCGCACUGGCUUUCUACGAUGGUUACCGGUCAGAACGACUACCAGCAAAUCUCCUUCAAGCACAAAGAGACUACUUUGGGGCACACACCUAUGAAUUGUUGGGACAAGAAGGAAAGUUCGUACACACGAAUUGGACUGGACAUGGAGGAAAUGUAUCUGCAUCCACAUACGAUGCUUGAGAUGUAGGGGUUUUGUCAUUGUUCAUUAUUGUUAAAUAUUUUUUAAAAUAUAUUUAUAUUUUUGUUUAUUCGAUUCUUUAAUAGUAUGCGACGGAAUUUCAUCUUUUCAGAAAAAAUAAAUAAAAGAAAGAGGGAAAAUAUAAAGAAAAUGUAAGUAUUUCAAUAGAAUUUUUAUCAUUCAAAAAUAUGUCAUACGCAUUUUAACUAAUCUUAAAUCUGGAAAAACUUGUUGAAGUGUCUUUUCAAAGACCUUAAUGGUUUACAUACUAGUUGAGUUUACAUCUUUGAGAUUCAAUGAUUACAUGCAUUUUUUGCAAUUUCAUUUCAAACAAUCCUACUUUACUAGACAUAAAAAUUCACUAUAGGCCAGUGGUUCCCAAACUUUUAUCUAUGACGCCACCAUUUUUGAAAUAAAGAAGUGGUCAUGCCCCACCCCCAAUUAUAAAAAUAAACUACUUUUACUACAAUAAAACAUUUAGAUUCACUAAUCUAAUACGAAGGGUGGUGCAUUAUUAUUUGAAUUUGUUAAAUAUAUUUUAUUAUUUUACAGCUAAAAAUAAAAUUUGUAUUAAUACUUCAGGGCUCUCACGUGCCUCCAUUAAUGUUGCUUCGCGUCCCCUUGGUUUGGGAACCACUGCUGCAGGCUUUAGCCUUACAAUACUACUACUGUGUAGAUACAUUUUUUAAUGGAUGCAUGUUGUAUAAUUCAAUUCCAAAUUAUGUAAAAAAAAAUGCUCAAACAUGAACAAUUAAAAAAAAACUAAAAACUAUUUAACCAAUAUAUUAUAUGCCCUCGAAGAGUUUGUAUCUUAAUUAUUUACAUAUUUGUGUUUUAAUUAUUCUUCUUUUUAAGUAUCACUUUGGAUUUAAUUCAGGACCGUGCCUACUUAUCCCGGACAUGACUCUUAUGUCUAUGUCGGUCAUGGCCUACUUUAGAAACAUUUUUUGUUGUUCACUAUUAUUAUCAUUAUACCUAUAGGUUUUUUAUUUUAUUUAUGUACUUUAACUUUGCAAUCCUGGCUCAAGGAGAACAGCAGUGUCGGCUUGUCACCAACAUAUUGGGGGUUUACAAUGACAAAAUAUAGAUAAUAAUAAUAAUACUCUCC